CGUGGAUCACAGUCGCUCGUCAGGCGGACAUGGGGAGGCCUGUGCAGAGCAGUGGCCUGGAUGCACAGUGUGGGUCUCGUGCACCGUGACAUCAAGUCGGAAAGUGUGUAUCUCCGGCCGCGAAGAUCUCACGACACACCCGUUCGCCGACCUGCUGGCCUCCCAGUCGCUCAUCAAACCCAACGACUUCGGCCUCUCACGCUGCUCUGCGGCUCCGACUCGUAUGCCGCCCCCGAGCUCGUGACGGGUCGCGCCUACGACGGACGCCAGACGGACGCUUGGGCGUGCAACGUCGUCCUCUAUGCUCUCGCCACGCGCCGCCUCAUGUUCGAC